AGGGCAGAAGAGCAGGCUUUUUUUUUUCUCUUUAGUUCAAACUGAAGUCAUGGCACCAACACGCUGUCUAACUCUGUUCCGCAACCACAGGGGUUUGUGGAAAACCUUCUUCCGUCCAGGUGUUCAGCAACACAGGAGCUUGGCGGAUAAAAGCGAUGGUGGAUGGUGGAGCUCUGUAUUUGGACACAAAGUGGAUGCGAGGAAAGAUGCCCACUCCAAUCUUCUGUCCAAGAAAGCAACCAGUGGCCUUUUUAAAUUCCAGUUUCACAACGUCAAGCCUGACUGCUUGGAAGCCUAUACCCAGCUCUCAACUGAAGUUCAUAAACAGCUGCACAGUGAUCCAGAUUAUCCCUGUGAAAUUGUGGGAAGCUGGACCACGUGGUAUGGAGAACAGGACCAAGCAGUGCAUCUCUGGCGAUACUAUGGUGGAUAUCCAGCUCUGAUGGAGUGCUUGAACAAACUGAAGGAAAACACGGAGUAUCUCAGGUUUCGCAAAGAGAGGAGUAAGAUGCUGAUCUCCCGACAAAACCAGCUUCUUCUCGAAUUCAGCUUCUGGAACGAUCCUGUACCCCGACCCGGACCCAAUAUAUAUGAACUGAGAACUUACAAAUUAAAGCCGGGGACGAUGAUCGAGUGGGGAAAUCACUGGGCUCGAGCGAUCAAACACCGACAAGAGAACAACGAGGCAGUGGGAGGAUUUUUCACUCAGAUCGGAGAGCUGUAUGUCGUUCACCAUCUUUGGGCUUAUAAAGACCUGCAAUCCAGAGAAGAGACGAGGAACUUGGCUUGGAUGAAAGAGGGCUGGGAUGUCAGUGUGUAUUACACAGUUCCCUUAAUCCAGAGUAUGGAGUCAAGGAUCUUGAUCCCCACAAGCAGCUCACCUCUGCAGUGACAAACAAACUGCCAUCGUGUCUCUGUGACAAUCCUGUGGAUUCUCAUCUCUUCUGAAGUGCAGUAUAAAUCCCCAGCUGACAACUUCAGCCACGAGAACAAUAACUUUUGAUCUGUUGUUAAAUAUUGAAUAAUAUUUUUUUUAAAAGAAAGUUUCUGUUAAUGCAGUUUUUAAUCAAUAUGAGUGUUUACUUUGUAUUAUCAUGAAGUACAGCUCAAACAGGGCUGCAUAUCGGAGGUAGUCAAAUGCUCUGCCUCAUUUAUGCAUAAAACAUUUGCACAGAUCUUUUUUUGGACUGCAAUGGAGUGGAGCAGAAUAAUAUGUGGAGGUGGAAAAAACACUGAAGUCAGCAGUAAAACACGAUGCGAACAAAUGCAUGAUGAUGUUAAUUGCGAAGGUUUGGAGAAAUGACACUAAAACUAACAAGGGACUGUUUUAAAACUAAAAGUUGGUAGGUGAUUUCACAAUUUGGGUGCCAUUGUAAGUACCUUUUAAAGAUCUUUCCAAUAUUGAACCUGGAAAUUUUUUUUUUUACAUUUGGCCAUUUAAAAUGUGUUAAUUCCAUUUCCACUUUUUUUUUAACCAUAAAAAUGGCUUAUCCAAAUAGGACAUUAAAGACAACAUUAUAUUUUUUUGUCCUGACAGUUUAUAUGUGCAACAGUGUGAAUAAGACAUGGCAACCUGCGUCAGCUGACGUUACAUCUACUGUAAAUAUAACACAGUUUACCUUUAAAAGGGGUGGAAAUGGAGAAUCAUUAACAGAUUUAUGGUUAUUUUGGUCGCCUGUGUUCAUAUAAAAAGCGCAUUUACUUUACAAACCCUGCCAUCUGCAGCAAUCAUCACAUUGUUGUGUAAUGUUGUACAGGUUACUUUACAAACCAUGUGGUUUAUAUUUAACAUGCCAGAUGUUAUUGCAGCUGAAUGUUGGACUAUAAUGUUCCUGCUGAGAAAAUAAAAAAACAAUGAAAAUCCUCAUAGAAUUUGUUAUGGAUAUAAUGGGAAUUGUAUUGUUUUUACUGUAACAGACACUAUCAUGGUCCCAGUUGGUCUCUACUGGUCAUUUUGUUGCCUUUUAUUAGUGUCUGAUGUCUGGUACCAUCCAAUCGAAAACAUUUGACAAUUUGACAUUGAACACAUAUUGCUAUAGUAUCUACAGGACACCAAUAGAGACCAUUACGAUGUCCAGUAAGAUUCCAGUAAGGUUCUACAAUGGUUUCUUUGGUUUGAUGAUAUUCAUUUAUUGAUGAACACAACUAGAUGCUAAAGUAAUUAGUUAAUAAUCAUUUAAAUGGUUAUAUUAUGUAGUAGUUAUUCUAAUGGUGGACAGCUGAUGGUUUGAAGUUUUGAAAUAUUGGAAUUCCCAUUUGAAAUUGUAAUGGUUUCUAUUGUUUUUCAUUUAUUCUAUUCUCUAUUUUUUUCAGAAGGAGUCUCCCAAUUACAUACUUUGACAGUUUUGCUUAUAAAUAAAUAAAUACCUCCUACUUAA